UCUUUAUAGACCGCGUGCGGGAGGCGAGAAGCACCGUGUGAAGGGGGGGAGAGGUUCGACUCGACUGCAUGUGAAGCGGACAGGGACAUGCAUGGAUCCCAGACAUCCAAUCGCUUUGUCGGCAUUUGCCUUGUACCUGCUAGACGAAUUGACCUGCAUAAGCCCCUGCGCAGGCGUUCUGCACACUGUGACCAACUUCUCCGAUGAGGUCAAAUCCGGGGAGCCAAGUCCGUUUCCUCCAACGAGAUGGCUCCGAUUUCCCCGCAGAAUCGCCGCCCCUGGCUCGGUUACGGCUUUUCUUCUCGGGGGUCAGGCCGUUACGGACGGUUGAUCGCGGGAAACGCGUUGGAAUUGGCACUAGCGCGACGCUAGAUGGCAGUCCGUCAAACUUGCGAUGCGAUGAAGUUGCUGCAGAUGGUCAAGUGGCGUGAUGAGAAGGCCAUCGC